AUAUACAAGGCAGACCUGUGAUCUGCCCCACAGAUGCAUGCCCAUAUAGGAGGGCAUGGCUGUGUAGACCGAGGGUCUUCAUCAAUCACAGCCUCAGAUAGGAGGACCACCACAGAGACACACAGGGACGCACAUCAUCCACCGAAUGCCUAUGUGUGUGUGUGAGUGUUUGUGGGUGAUCCCUGCUUGAAAGAAGAACCUCCUGUCAACCCGUCAGCUUUUAAAGAUCGUGAAUGAUUGCGAAACAGAGAGCGGUAUUCGCAGUGCGACCCUGUCCCAUGCUGCUCCCUCCUCUCAGGGGAUGGCCAAGGUCCAGGAUGGACACAGUAACGCAUGUGACAGCCCUGCAAUGUUAGAGGAGAGCCAGGAUGGUAUGGACAGUGGUACCCUAAGUCCUGCCUCAGCUCGACAGGUCACCAUCCAGCGCCACCCAACUCAAGGCUUUGGCUUUAUCGCAGGCAGUCAGAGGCCUGUCAUUGUACGCUCCGUCUCUGCCGACGGCCCCUCCUUUGGCAAACUUCUCCCAGGAGACCAGAUCUUGGCCAUUAACGAAGAGACGGUGAGCGACGCGCCCCGAGAGAGAGUCAUAGACCUUGUAAGACGCUGCAAAGAGACUAUAGUUCUCACUGUGCUGCAGCCCCAUCAGUCACCUAAGUCAGCCUUCAUAAGUGCAGCCAAAAAGGCCCGCCUGCGAACCAACCCUCCUAAAGUGCGCUUUUCCGAGCAAGUGUCCAUCAGCGACCCAGACUCAACAAUGCUCAAGGACGACUCCCUGCUACUCAUACCAAAUGUGUUGAAGGUGUUCUUGGAGAAUGGACAGAUCAAGUCCUUUACAUUUGAUAGCCGUACCACUGUUAGGGACGUGAUGUCCUCCCUGCAGGACCGCCUCUCACUGCGCUACAUUGAGCACUUUGCCUUAGUGCUGGAGGCAGGCGGUCUGGACCAGAACCAGCGGUUGCAUCUUCUGCAGGAGAACCAGCCUUUAACACAUGUGGUGCAUAGAACCUAUUUCCAAGGGAUGAAGUGUCUAUUCCGUGUAUGCUUCUUCCCCAAGGACCCUGCUGACCUGCUGAGAAGGGACCCUGCUGCAUUUGAGUACCUCUAUAUACAGAGUCGUAAUGAUGUUAUCAAGGAACGUUUCAGUAUGGACUGGAAAUCAGACAUCACGUUACGGCUGGCUGCGCUUCAUAUCUACAUCACUGUGUCCUCGGCGCGGCCUAAUCAGAAGAUCUCUCUUAAACAUGUCGAAAAAGAGUGGGGAUUAGAGCCGUUCCUUCCCCUCACUCUGCUUCCAACAGUUAAAGAGAAGAAUGUGUGUAAGACUCUGUCUCAGCUGCUGAAGACCUACCAGCAUCCACCACCUUCAGGCAACAAGGUCCCUCCUCUCCAAGGAAAGUUGCAAUACAUGCGUGUACUAAAUGACCUCCCACCCUUUGGUGGCAUACUGUUCCAAACUGUUGGACUGGACGACAAGCAGUCAGCUACGUCAUUGCUCGUGGGUCCUCGACACGGCAUUAGUCACGUGAUUGACCUGAAAAAUAACCUCACAACUGUUCUUACCGAGUUCAGUAGGGUUUCAAAGAUCCAGCUCUACAGAGAGAGCCAAGGAGUUGCUCGUGUGGAGGUGACAAUUCAUGAUGCGAAGCCCCUGGUCCUACUCAUGGAAUGGCCUGAUGCCAGUAACUUUGCAUGCCUGAUCUCCGGCUACUUCAAGCUGUUUGUAGAUCCAAAACGGACAAUCUACUUCCGGACCCCUGGUCAGUCUCAGCUGACCAAGGCAGAUUACAGAAGCUCCCACCAUGCCCAUCCACGUUCUGGGGCAACCAGCUUGUCAAGUGGAGGGCGGCGAGGGGACGAGAGGGAAAGUUCACACAGAGAUUCAGGGUCUGCAAGGGCCCUAGUUCCAGCAGAGCCUCAGCAUCUAGGCCUGUGCCAUGUACACCUACGAGAACAACAACAAUUUCAAGAGCUCCAAACACAAGCUGAAGCUGAACUCGACAUCAAUGAGAACUUUAUUUCCCAAGAGCCCCCUAAUCGUGUCCGAACCAAGUCAGACCCCACCCAGCAGAGUACAGAGGAAAUAGCUGAAGUUUUAGAAAUCCCAGUAGUGGAUAAUGCAGGAUUCAGAAUCAGAGCCCAAACAAUGAGUCAGUCCCAGAAAAGCUCAAGAUACUUCUGUGACUCCUGCAAAGCGAGGCAUAGGGCAGAGGGCCUGUCAACAGCUGUGAACAGUAGUGGGAGUUCUGGGAAACACUGCUCCAGUGCUUGUGCUUCCCGGGAUGCAGGUGCUGUUGAUCUCAUGGCCCUACCUCCCCCUGGGAAUGAAGAGGAAGAGGAGGCAGAGGUUGGAGGAGAAAAGCUACAACCCCCGCCGCCUGCAAUUGCUGCACCACCACCAGGCUUCAGGGACAACAGCUCAGAUGAGGAUGACACAAAGAGAAGGAGGAGGGCUCGCAUUAAUGCAAGCCAAGGGGUUGCUCCAGGGAAGCUGGCCCAAGCCAAGGAAGAUGUGCCAGUGACACUGAUUGAUAAUGUGACCACUAGGACUGUCCGUGAUCAUGCUCAAGAGCUUGAUGAUGCGCUGGUAUCCACCUUACAGGCGCUAGAGGCUUUGGCAGCGUCUGAGGAUUACCCCCAUCACCCUCAACAGCCAACACAGACUGCAGGGCUGAUUGUCUUAGCUGCCAUUACACCAGAGUCGUCAUUGGACUCAGGCCACGAGACCAACUCCUCAGAGUUUACCGAUGUUUCUGAGAUGGUGUCAGCUAUGAAGCAGAACCAAAACCAGGCCUACCUGCUGGCUCACAACAUCAACAAGGAACGAAUCCUCUGUCGCCGUGACUUUCCCCUUGCUAUCCCUGGCUGCACUGCAAAGACCAUAGGGACCGGGGCCUUCUCUGUGGGUCAGAUUCGUGCUGGCUGUCCACCCAAGCAAGUAAUCCUUAGCAAGACUGUUCCCUUUAAAGUAAGUCCAAGUCAAGAAUCUACAGUGCUUAGUAUUAUGACAGAGCAGGGGGGAAAUCAAGACGCUACUCAGUCUGAAAAAAAAGCAGAAACGAAAGCAAACUCAGAGUCCACCAAAGCAAACACCCCUGAUCCCCCCUCUUUGUCACCUGAGGAACUUAAAGUAUCAGCUGCUUCACUAAAAGCUCAAGUAAGUAAAGAUCAGAAGCUUUCAAAUUCUUUUGGGGAGACACCGCCCCAAAACCAGUCUGAGGGAAAAAAGGGGAAGACAACAGCACCUCUCAAAACAGACCCUAGCAACAAAGCCUUACCUAUCCUCCUACCUGUGGACAGAACUGCCUCUGCCAAGAUUUCUCCCACUAAUAUGUGCCAAGACACCAAGACUGCCUCUAGUGAGACCAUGAAGCCUUCAAGCUCUGCAGAACUUCUGCCAGUGGAUGAUCUUUUCUGCACAUGCCCAGUGCAACAGGAGCCUGGACCUCAACUGAGACUUAAAGACCCCCAGGUUCAGAAGGUAGUUGUGUUUCAAACCUCCUCCCCUACAGAUGAUGAGCGUCUGCGGGCCAAAGGUCUCCAGAUGGCUAACAGUAAAGAAAAUUCUGUGAGAGUAGGAACAGAUCCGAGUUUGGCAAAACACAGCCCUCAAAUAAAAACCAAGUACUCCCCUCGUUUGCCUGUGAAAGCAGAGAGAAAGGAAGCAGCUGAAAGCAAGACUGAGGAGGCCCAGGGCAAGUUAAAUCCUGAGACUCAGAAAUGCCCUAUAAAAUCCUUACCAAUUCUAGAUGAUCCAACAACACCUAGUCCCUCUGUGGAUAAGGUCUCCACUCUUCCAGCCAGAGAUUUAAAGAAGCAAGGCAGUGGUAAAGGAAAGUCCCCACGCAGUGCCCCCUUCCUGAGCUUUAGAAACCUACUGUCAGCUACGUUCCCAGCAAGAAUGCGGAGAGAAACAGAUGAGCGCAGGGCUCAGCUGCAGAAAGUCCGUCAGUAUGAGCUGGAGUUCUUAGAAGAGCUGUUGAAACCCAAGUCAUCCCAGGGUGAAUUUUUGCCCCAGGGAUCCUCACCAGUGCCAUCAGGCACUCCCUGUGCCUGCCAGCUUCGCACCAGCCCUGUUCUUAAGGCACCAGGUAUCUCUAGGGAACAGCGACGCAGCUGCGACUGUAAGCGGAUGUGUAGAGGAAUGCGACUACCUGACACACCAGUUGGCUCUACAACAGAGACACAACAAAGAGGCAGAGAGAGAACUAUCUCAAAAACCCCUCCAGCCGUCUCCAAAGCCCCUCACAACCAAGGUGCUCCAAGGAGACCUCAGACCUUGGAGAUCAAGACCACAAGAAUACGCUCAACCAGCCUCGAGUCAAGAGAGCUAAGGGGAGAGCAAGGCUCCUGCUUACCCACUUGUACCUCUCAAACAGAUUGCAUGGGAGGUCCGCAGUAUAAGAAGCUCCAGAGGCGAUACAGUAUCGGAGAGCUUGAUAACAGCACUAGCACACCUGUGUAUGCUGAGGUAAAGCCAAAAGCCAAGAGUCUAGAGAAAGAAAUGGAGAGAGUGAGGGCCACAGGGCUCAGGCUCCCGACCCCAAUAGAGCCAGUUCACACUCAGUCUCACCAGGACAAGGGGAAGAAGGGAGUAUUUUUCAUUCAGGGAGAAGAUUUAGUGCGGGAAAGUAAAGAUGGGCCUGGAGAGGUGCUACUGACCUUGCCCAGUGAAGACAGUGAUGACAAAGAUAAAUGCUGCUCAUUCUGUUUCUGCUACAGGAAGUGUGAAGCAGCGGAUGAAAGCAGUGAGAAGGAUGAGCUCUCAUACUCAAUACCACUCCAAGUCCUUCCAGGCAUGGAGCUGGACUCGCGUACCUUUCCUGUAGUAAGCAAAACGCUCCAGGUUCUAAAUGCAGAGGAUUGUAGUGGGGAAGAGGAAGAGGAGGAGGAGGAAGAGGAGGAGCCACAGACACAGGAGAUUGACCUGAGAGCUUGUGGUACACUGGAAGGGAGCUUGGCACGGGUACAGGCUCUACAGGGCAAAAGUUUCAGCUUGCCUGAUGGCUUUCUUAAUGCCCAGUUGGAUGCUAAUGAGUUGCUUGCUAUCCUGCGUCAGUGUGCCAACAGCCCACAAGCCGAGGGUGAAGCUCGUCUUCCUCCCUCACAGAUUACAGAGUACAAACAAGAGUUGGCGGUGCGCUUCAAAGAAUUCAGAGCUUCUUGUCGGCGGGUGGCAAGUGUUGAAAAAAGCCCAACACGUAUGCUUGCUGUAGUAUCAGCCAGCUUUCAAGUAUUGUGUGAACUGACUCAGACCUUCAUUAAAUUAGUCAGGGGGGUUCGUUCUGAAACCCAAAGGCUGCAGCUGCUGAGAAAAGUUGAGGAAGUAGCUAUCAACUACACUUUGCUUCUACGUGCAGCAGAGGAAUCAAUGGGACACUCAAGCAGCCUGCCAACAAAGACAGUGAGCCCUCAAGUUCCCCCAAACACCAACAACAUGAGCUCUCUCACUCGACCCAUUAAGACUCUGCCGACCCAGUGAGAACAUAUCUGGAGGGGAUGUUCCAAAACAGUCCAGAUUGUGGGUGGCUUCUCUAUCCAAAAUCAUUGUUUGUUUGUUUACAUUUUUUAAAAGUCAUGCAAUGAAUCAUCCUCAGUAAAAAUGGAAAUACACCUGUUCCAUCUCAUGUUUACAGGCCCUGAGGUAGCCUCCUGGAUCUUCUUUUGAAAUAUAAAGAUACACUCAACCAAUGCACAAUGGAUAAGAACCCUAUAACAGACUGGGUGAUACAGGGCUAAUCACCUCACAUCAACACUCACAAUAUACAAAAGUCAUUAUAGUAUAAUAUUUUAUAUGUAAUGUACAUUUGAGUUGUGUCUACUUAGCAAAUAAUAUAAAGUUUUGUGAAGAAAAAAGUGAAGAAUAUAUUUGAAAUGUAUUGAUUUAAGAGAACUAUAAAGAUUAUAAUAAAUCAUCAGAAAUAAAUGUAUGCUCUGGACAAAAAUAUUUCAGAGAACUCGUCAAGUAGCGACUUCUGUUAAUUGCGUAGAUCAAAGCGUUGGUUUGGCUAGAUGGUGAUGUGUUUGUUAAAUUUUCUUACUGUUGUAAUGCAAAAUGGAGAUCUCUGUUGGCUUUGUUGACAGCAUCUGGCAUACCGAUAUGAAAGUAAAACUGUAUGUGGCACUGUUGGAAAAUGACAACACCUAAAAGACAAGUCUGACAUUCAAACUAAACUGACUGACUGAAGCCCAUUAUCUCACUAUAACAGUGCAGGUAUGAACACACCUGCUCAGGGCAGACAAUGUAGCAGAGACCCAAGUCAUAACUUUAUCACUAUACAGUAAUGAGUGUUGUUACCUCACUCAGCUGUAAAGAAGGAAUAUCCAUACUGUACUUAAUAACGCACAGUGUAUUUUACACCAUCACUGAUCAAUGUCUCACUUGCAUAACACUGUCAUGGUUCAAAAUAUAGCUAUCCACUUGCAAGUGAGUAAGCUUAUCACUAGAAUUUUGCACAAACUCUGAAAUUAGCUCUGCAAGUUGAAAUAUAUCUUUUAAUGUUCAAAUUAGUGUUUUCUAUUCACUCUGCUGCUGAAUAACUGACUUGAGUCCACAACACCAGUUCUACAUGAUCCAUCUCCUCAAAGCUAAAGCUUACCCGUUUCAAAGGAUCCUUUGUUUUUAUUCAGGUUUUCAGACACAGUAUAAAAAAAUAUGCUUUCUGUGUGCUGUUAUACAUUGUGCAAUCUAGCAAAUAUAUAAGAAACACACAAAGUAGUUUUCUAUGUAUUUUAAUAAAACUAACACAUCUGUUUCC